AUGGACGAACGGAAAGAAAAGCAAGUAAAUGGCCUGAUCAGAGAGUUUCUGGCAUAUGGAGAAUAUACAGGCACGCUAUCCUCUUUCGAUGCGGAGUGCUUAAAGCAUGAUCGGGCGCCUAUUAAAUUGGUCAAUGAUGCCGAUGGGGACAAGAGGAAUGAGAGGGUAGAGAAUCAGCUGAUAACAUCAUUCCGACAAGGCGACAACCAGACCUUUACCUCCUACUUCAACCAAGUCCUCCCUCCCUCCACACGCACAACAGAUCCCGUCUCCCAAAAACUCGAAUUCAUGCUCGCAAUCCAUUUCGCAGUCUACCCAAUAAACCCAUGCAUGGAAUCCUCCCAGAAAGCGAAGUACAAUCCACAGCAAAACAUGGAUGAUUUCAAAGUAUUCUUAGAGAAACGAGGAUCAGAGAUUGCGAAAAUCUCACCUAGUGUUUCUAGCCAGUUUUUACCAUUCUUUGCAUUGCCUUAUAUACCGGAUCCGACAAGACAUCCUGGCUUUCAGGAGGUUUUUGAUGUGAGGUGGACGCAGGAGCUGGAGGCGAGGUGGUUGGGAGCUGUGAGAGCCAGUUUCAAGGCUGAACUGCCGAGGAUUGUCAAGUUUUUGGAUAAUUUGGAUGCUAGGCCAAUAGAAGAAUCACGAGCCCAAACAAAACAAAUCCACGAACUCGAAUCACAAAUACAUCAACUUGAAGAUCGUCACCGUCACAAUUCGGUUAGGCAGCGAGAGCUACAGAAUGAUCAUCAUAAUUUAAUAGCCAUUGCUAGUGAGCUUGUGCAGGCACUUGCUGCGUGUAUUAAUGGCGAACAGAUCACAUCAUCAUAUCUAACUAAUAUCUGUGAUCGGCUUGUGGAACUUAAACAUAAUCAUCGGAUACUGGAUCAGGCUGCGAAGGCUGCUCAGUUGCCACCACCUGCACCAGUAAAGUCACGAAUGCCACCAAAACGAAGCACAAAUCUUGUACUUGAUGGACAAUUGGAUUAUUCUGCUUUACAUCGAGAUUUGGCGGAAGAGUCUUUUGAUCGUGAUAGAAAGCGAGAGCUUGUUCUUCAAGCGCUGAGACUGAGACUAACAACUGCGCCAGACGCAAGAACAAGACAAACGACUUUAUUAACAUUUGUGCAUGCUGAUUUUUUGGGUCUUGGAAGGGGCUCUGUGGCGCUACCUUUGGGUCUACUCAAAUCUUCUCAUACACGGGGACAGUUUGCAAGACUGUUGAAUGCUAUAUCGUCUGGAUGUACAGGACGCUCGUAUUUACUUUCUGGUCUCGGCGCAUUGGUUGUGCCUGUAUCUGAUGCGUUGCAGAGAGAAGGAGCGGAUUCGCCUUCUGGCAAGAAUCUUCUGGGGACUUUGCAGAAGCUUAGUUUGAGACGUGGAGCACAAACAGCAAUGAUAAAAGCCGGCUUAAUCCAGUUCCUUUUGCCAGUACUAUCAUCACCUCAUCUUCUGAGCGAAUAUGCUCUCGAAUACGCUUCUGCACUCCUCAUGAACCUGCUCCUACGAACGGCAGGUCGACAACAAACAAUCGAACAACCUGAUUUAAUUCUCUCUGUUUUGGAAGGACUUGUACGAAUACCAAAUCCUGAAGUCAAGACAUAUGCUAAUGGAGCGCUGUAUUCUGUAUUGAGUGAGCCCAAGAUUCGAAGACGGGCGCAACAGCUGGGAGUCGGUGAAUUGCUUGUUGAGAUUCGAGGGCAUUGUGAUGCUUAUUUGGCGAAACAGGUUGAUUAUGUGCUUGGGCAGCUUGAUUCUAAGGAAAAUCCACCCAUUUCGGAUACGGUUUCUGAAGAUGGUCAAGAUGAAGAUUAUGAGGAUGAUAAUGAGCAAAACGAGGUUGGCGAAGAAGACCUGAAUGAUGACUUGUUAAACUUACCGAAUGAUGUGGUUAUUGGUGAUGAGCUACUGACGCAGAGAUAUACCCUAAAUGGCAAACCACCUACGGUGGUCAAGAAUGUCAUGAAUCCUGGUGGAAUGGUUCGGACUGCUGAUGUUGCUCAUAUUGAGAACAACUCUGCACUGGAUUUACGACGUCCCCGAACACCAUCACGAAACUCUACGCGACCUUCCACGCCGGCAUCAUCAAGACCAUCAACAUCUGCCGGCAAACCUGGUGUUACAACACUUGGUAGUGGUGGUAUACGACGUAGUGCAUCAUCUGUAUCAGGCUUCCCUGUCAGAGUGGUUGAUAAUGGUCCAGAUGACGUGCCACCGGUUGGACAUGGUUUGAUUCCGAGGUCAUCGAGAGAUGCGCUGGAAUUCAAGUAUGCUAAACGAGAGGAGAAGAGGAGUGAUGGUGCUAGUGGUGGUCAUAAUGAAGGGCACGAUGAAGAAACAACUGGAUUCUCCACUCGACAAAUGAUUGCUAGGACACCAUUGUCUAAUAAUUCAGUGGCUUCGCUUGUUGCCUCAUAA